AUGAGCGGCGGUGAUGUCGCCCUCGUCGUUCUAUCAGUAUUUCUAGCGUCCUUCAGUCUCGUCUUCGUUGCGGCGCGAUGUGCGGCCCGGUGGGGCAUCAGGAAAGAGUAUGGAGUGGUUGACGGAUUCGUUGUACUUGCGCUGUGUUGUGCGAUAACACAUGCGGCAUUGUUCAUCGUUGAGUUUUCGAGGGACAAGACGAACACAGACGGCCUUGAUGUCUCAGGGUUGCGGAUUGUAUGGAUCGCCAAUCUUGUAGCAAACCUUGGGCUUCCCAUCGCGAAGAUUGCGAUCCUGCUCACCUAUCUUGACUUCUUCAUCUGGCCCAAGCACCAGUCUGCAUCACGAAUCUUGCUGGCUGGCGUCGCUUCAUACGCUUGGGACCUGUUCACAAAUAUUGCCAUCUUAGCUUUACCGAUGAUGGCGGUGGUGAGAUGGGCUCAGCCUAGGGGCGAGAAGCUCGCCUUCACGGGACUCUACACGCUGGGUUUCGUUGCGAUCGUGAUGAGCGUCAUUCGAUUGUGGCGUUCGGACGAAGGUGAUCCGAUGUCGCCGAUCAGCGACAACACUGCGCUGUGGUUCGGCAUAGACACUCAGCUGAAUGUGAUCAUCUGGUGUGCAAGCUUACCGUCUCUGGGUGCAUUGCUCGAUCGAUUCUUCCCCGGGUGUCUGGCGAGUUGGUCAUCGGCACCUGGCAGAAGAGUCAGUCACCAUCGGGCUUGGUUGAAGAUUCCUGGACGAGAGUCUCCCCAUCCGCCUACAGAAUUGAGACCACCGACGGCAUUAUCGAGACGGCCCAGUGCUCAUUCUACAGCCGAUUCAGCCAAGUCAGCGGCUUCGGAUGCUCCCUCUAUGGCCAGCGUUACAACGAACAAUAGAGGCAGUGCUCAUCCAGGAGCGUUGGUGAUCAUACCAGAGGAUAUUGAGGACACUUCGAAACCACUGCCUUCGCGAUCUUGGAAGAGAGGCUCGAGGACUUCAAGGGUGUCGAAAGUGUCCAAGAGCUCGAAGUCAUCGAGGGGAGGAAACAGUCUCGUGUAA